AUGGCGCCGCUCGAGGAAACCAGCAACAUCCGUGUAUUCGUCCACUGGCAUGAACAAACCGUAUUCGCCGGCGAGGAGGUCAAAUGCAAGAUCACCUUCAAGAAUGUUGCGACCGGUACCGACAACAAAUCCCAAUCCUCCGUCCCGUCGGAUCGCACGCGCAAAGCGUCGUCCCUGCAUUCGCGCGCCAAAGCGGCCUCGAGCAGCACACCACCACUGUCCUCCACUGGUCGGGGCCACAAGAGGUCAGCCCUCUCCCUCAGCGUUCCGUCGUCGAGCUCGCACAAAAGACAAGGAUCUCUACAAUGGCCUUCAAACGGCAGCAGCUCCGAGGGCAAGACUGGCCAGGCUCACAAGCGCUCCGUUUCCAUCGUUUCGAUAGGAUCCGCGAGCACGGUCGACGAUCACACACCAUCGCGUCAGGAAGCGCCCCCGGUGCCUUCACAACCACCACGCCCGAUGCGUGGCUAUGGCCAUGGCAGGGCUUCGAGCUUGCAAAUCCUCCCGCGAGGGCAGCCUGCGCCCUCCAGCCCCCAAUCAGCUACGCUUCCCAGACAGUCUAGCUCCCCCCUCACGACGGCCUCGUACCCCCCCGAUCGAUUUGGCCGCAUGCGAAAUGGCUACAACCGUCCCAACGCGCCGGCAAGUGCGGGUGGGCCACGACGUUCGCCUCUAUCCUCGCCAAAUCAUAUGCCCGAGUUCAGAUUUCCUGCGGCGCCACCACCGCCAUCCGAUGAGAAUACGAACAAAGUCAACAAAGCGCAGGACGAGGGAUAUCUGAGCCCGAAAGUCACACCAGCAGACAGCAAAAGCGCACCCGCACCUGGCAAAGAACGAGCCUUCCCAACUGCCGAACGCCCUUUGCCCGCGGCACGUAUACUAUCCAGCACGAGUAUGGCCGGUGGUGGUACCCCGCGGAGCAGCGGAGAGUUCUACGCUAUCAGCAACCAGUCUACCGAGACACUGGCAUCAGACUACCCGAUCCCACCCAAUCGAGGGGUCGCUCGGCCUUCGCACUUGCGGCGAAACUCUAGCAUGAGCGGCCAACAACAAUCGCAGCAGCCGGAAAAUCUGAUUAUGGGGUACGCACAGAUUCAAGGGUCAUUCACUCUGGACGGCUCCCUGGUCAGCCUCAGCCCUUUUGAGCAAGUCAAGAAGAAGGCUGUAGUGGGCGGCAGGGGCGGCGGCGUCAUAGGCCUUGAACCAACCAAGCAGCGAGAAAGCGGGCUUCUCAAAAGUUUCGGCUGGGGAAAUCUGAGCACAUCCAUCGGCGACCUAUGGGGCGGCAGUGAGCUCAGCACGAUCAAGGAGAUGAGAGGGGUAGCAGCCUCCAAGUCUGUGCCAUUGUUGACGACACCCCAGUCGAUUCUAUUUGUUGACCUCCAGCUCGCGCCGGGGCAAAGUCAAGUGUUUGAAUACACAUUCAGGCUCCCCAAAGGACUACCGCCCACACACAAGGGCAAGGCAGUCAAGAUCUCAUACAGUCUCGUGAUUGGCACGCAGAGAGCAGGCGGUGUGAAAGAACAGCAAGUCCGUUCAGUGGAGGCCUCCUUCCGAGUUUUGGGAGGCGUCAAUAGCAUUGGCGAGAUUUUGGGCCACGAUCUCUUCAACCCGUACAUUUUGCUCCGGGACGAGGCGCAAGUAAGAGGGGGUACACAAUCAGGGAGGUUUCACAAGCCCAAAGCUUCGAGAGCGCCUGCCACGUUGAACGAGUUUUUGAACUAUGUGGACGAGCUCGUCCACCGACCACGGAGCGAAGGGGAUGGAGGUCUGUUGUCACCCUCCGCGGUUGGUGGGUCUAGGCGACCAUCUGCCGUGGAAGAGCGAUCGGCGUCGGUCAGGGACGCCAUCCACUUUGCGAUUAUGCGCAGCAACAUGGCUGGCGAGGGGCAGCAGAGUCCCAACCGCUUUGAAAUUGCCCGCAACGGCCUGCGCGUGGGCGUCGUUAUGCUGACACGGCCUUCGUAUCGGCUGGGCGAAACGAUUACCCUGGCUAUCGAUCUGAGUGACGCGGAUAUUGCUUGUUACGCCGUCCACACUACGCUGGAGACAUGCGAAAAGGUGGAUCCUUCGUUGGCUGUCCGCUCAGAGUCAAGUAUACAGCGAGUGACGAGGAAGGUCUAUGUCACAGCGUCAGAUACAACGCUUUAUUCGAGGCGCGUCGUCUUCACGCCUACGAUCCCGAUCACGGCGACGCCCGAAUUCAUCACGAGUGGCGUCAGCUUGGAGUGGAAGAUCCGCGUCGAGUUUGUCGUCCCAUCUCACGGAGAAUCCGCAGGAACCGAAGACGGUCCAGCCACGCCUCAUCCGCUACUGGAGCAGAUAUCGCAAGACGAGCGCGGAGGACUUGUCCUCGCGGCGGCCGAGAACCUGACCUGCGAGAGCUUUGAUGUGCUGGUACCGCUGCGCGUGUAUGGCGCCGUCGGAUCUGGACUGGAGCGACUAGAGCGCGACGAGGCUUCUGAUGAAGGACUGGCAGUGUAA